UCGCGCAGCCUUGCCCGCGAAGAUGUCUCUGGCCGUGGAAGAGGAAGAAUACACCAAGCUGGUGAUGGAGUCGGAGCCCGAGUGGCUGCGCACCGAGAUCAAGCGGCUCUUCCAGGAGCUGGGCGAAACCACCCGGGAGAAGAUCCAGGCGGCGGAAUACGGGCUGGUAGUGCUGGAGGAGAAGCAGCAGCUCAAGCAGCAGUAUGAGGAGCUGGAGCUGGAGUACGAGACCAUCCGGACCGAGAUGGAGCAGCUGAAGGAGGCUUUUGGUCAGGCUCACACAAACCACAAGAAAGUAGCAGCUGAUGGAGAGAGCAGGGAAGAGACCUUGAUUCAGGAGUCUGCCACAAAGGAAGAGUACUACAUGAAAAAAGUCAUGGAACUGCAGACCGAGCUGAAGCAGCUAAGGAAUGUCCUUGCCAACACCCAGUCUGAAAAUGAACGCUUGAAUUCUGUGGCCCAGGAGCUGAGAGAGAUAAAUCAGAAUGUGGAGAUCCAGAGGGGGCGCUUGCGCGACGACAUCAAAGAGUAUAAAUUCCGAGAAGCUCGUAUGCUGCAAGAUUACACUGAACUUGAGGAGGAGAACAUCUGCCUUCAGAAACAAGUGUCUGUUCUAAAACAGAAUCAGGUGGAAUUUGAAGGGCUGAAACAUGAAAUCAAGAGGCUUGAAGAAGUUACUGAAUUCCUCAACAGCCAGCUAGAAGAUGCCAUUAGGUUAAAAGAGAUAUCUGAACGCCAGCUUGAGGAGGCCUUAGAAACCCUGAAGACAGAACGUGAACAGAAGAAUAACCUCCGGAAGGAGCUGUCUCAUUAUAUGAACAUCAAUGAUUCCAUGUAUACCAGCCAUUUGAACAUCUCUUUGGAUGGACUGAAGUUCAGUGAUGAAACCACAGAGCCCAAUAAUGAUGAAAUCGUGAAUGGCUUUGAACAGAACUGCCUGAGUAAAAUCAACAAUGGCAAUAAUAAAGCAUCCAACACACCCAAGAAAAAUGAGAGCUUCCCUCCAGCCCCUAGUCUUGUAUCUGAUCUCUUAAGUGAGCUGAAUAUAUCUGAAAUUCAGAAGCUGAAACAGCAGCUUAUGCAGAUGGAAAGGGAAAAAAUGAAUUUGUUGUCUACACUCCAAGAGUCUCAAAAGCAACUGGAGAACACCCGGGGGGCACUUUCUGAGCAGCAUGAGAAAGUUGGAAGACUCACAGAGAACCUCAAUGCCAUGAAAAAGCUCCAGGUCAGCAAGGAACGUCAGUCUGCACUUGACAAUGAAAAGGAACGAGACAGUCAUGAAGAUGGAGAUUAUUAUGAGGUUGACAUCAAUGGCCCAGAGAUUCUGGAAUGCAAGUAUAAAGUGGCUGUGGCAGAGAUCAGCGACUUAAAAGAAGAGCUUAAAGGCCUUAAGGCCAAAUAUGAAGAGUGUGACUCGAAGUAUGAAGACGAGAAGAACAGGUAUGAAACAGAGACUCAAGCUCUGACAGAAAAGAUCACCUCCUUGGAAAAAUCUAGUAGGCAAGAUAGGGAACAAGUAGUCAGAUUGGAGAAGGAACUCAAGAAAGUCAGUGAUGUUGCCGGGGAAACGCAAGGCAGCCUUAGCGUAGCCCAGGAUGAACUGGUCACCUUCAGCGAGGAGUUAGCCAACUUGUACCAUCAUGUCUGUAUGUGCAACAAUGAAACUCCAAACAGGGUGAUGCUGGAUUACUACAAAGAGGGCAAAGGAGGACGCACCAGUCCAGAGGGUAAAGGCCGCAGAUCGCCAAUCCUGCUCUCUAAAGGCUUGUUGUCUAUAGACUUAGGAAAAUCAGAGAAUGGGAGUGGUGACAGUAGUCCUUCACCAGUUUCAUCUCUCCCGUCACCAGUAUCUGAUCCCCGGAAAGAACCCAUGAACAUUUACAACCUGAUUGCCAUAAUCCGCGACCAGAUCAAGCAUCUGCAGGCAGCUGUAGACAGAACAACAGAGCUGUCUCGGCAGCGAGUGACUACCCAAGAACUUGGGCCAGUAGUGGACAAAGACAAAGAGGCUCUUAUGGAGGAAAUCUUGAAGCUGAAGUCUCUGCUAAGCACCAAAAGGGAGCAGAUAGCCACUCUCAGGACUGUAUUAAAGGCCAAUAAACAGACGGCAGAGGUUGCCCUUGCCAACUUGAAAAGCAAGUAUGAAAAUGAAAAGGCUAUGGUUACAGAGACGAUGAUGAAGCUGCGAAAUGAACUGAAGGCUUUAAAAGAAGAUGCUGCUACCUUCUCUUCCCUGAGGGCCAUGUUUGCUACCAGGUGUGAUGAAUAUGUCACCCAGUUGGAUGAAAUGCAACGCCAGCUUGCUGCAGCUGAAGAUGAGAAGAAGACGCUGAACUCAUUGCUUCGUAUGGCCAUUCAGCAAAAGUUGGCUUUGACCCAGCGCCUUGAGCAUCUUGAGCUGGACCACGAGCAGUCCAAAAGGGUGCGCACAAAAUCUGCUUCCAAACCCAAGAGUAGUAACCCCAGCGUAAGUCAUAUACGAUCGUGUGGAGACAGGUCUGAAGGGUCCGUUCUUAAUAACCAGGUGUUUUGCAGUGAGAAAUAUAAGAUCUAUUGUGAUUAAGAAGGCAAAUAGGAGGCCAUAAAUAUGCUUCUGAUGUUUGUGCUGUUGAAUGUCAGCAUAAAUCCCCACUAUAUUAAUGUUGCAGUGAUGAGUGGAUUUGUACUAGUAUGUUGUUAAACCAUGUAAUACAGCCUGUAUUAUAGUGGUCAUAACUGUAACUGAUUCACAGGCAUGGGGAGGGGGAUGCUGUUACCAAGUUAAUGGUGGAAAAGCGAUCAGCUUUUUCCACAGUGAGUGACUUUGGUUUUGCUGUUUAUGGGUAAGUGUUAAAGGUGCAUGCCAGGUAUAUCACACCUGGUGUUACUAACUGUAGCUUGUAUAGCACAAAUGUGAUCCUUUCCCCUGGGUUACGAGCAUUCUUUAAGUAAUGGAGAUAACUUUACUGGCAAAAGCAUCUCCUUUUUUAAUAUGAUGGAGAAGUGGUGAAAUGUAACACUUAAAAUUAGGUGUAUAGUAUGAGUAUUAAGAAACGAUGUUUAAAACCAGAACCAAAUCUAAAUUCAAGCUGCUGUGGCAGUGGGUUGCGGUCAUUAUCACCACUUACCUAGUUCCAAAAGCUUUCUUAUAAGCUGUAAAAGCUGGGACAGCCCAGCCUAGUAGGAAGGAUACCUUUUGAAACCCUCUGGUUCCCUCUGUGGCUUGAGGGUUAAUUUACAGAAAAUUGCACACUUAAAAAAAGGAAAGAGAUAUGCAAUACUGUUCUGGAAUAAAACUUCAUGCUAAAAAACAAAUAACAAAAUUAGGAUCUCAAUGCUUCAGAACAGUUAUGUUGUGGAAUGCUACCAUAUACUACAAAGAUUUCUGUAGUAUCAUGUUGUUGCUUCUAUGCCAGGAAGAUGUAUUAUGCUUGGGCUUCAUCUAGCCCAUUUAAACUCAUUUUAAUCUCCUUGAUUUCAGUGAGAAAGUUAAACAAUGCUUAACUCUCUUCCAUUGCAAUCAAUGGGAUUUUAAAGUGAUCGAGAUCAUGUCCAUUAUUACUAUAUCUGCACAGUAUAUGUAUAGAGAAUUAAUAGUAUGUUCUAGUAUUGUCAAGUUGCAAUCCAGUUCUCCUUAACUGUCAGUAUUAAGGCUUAAUAGGAUAGUAUUGCAGAGCUCUGAGUUUUGUUUAAGUAAAAAAUAAUAAUUGCAUUUCUUAUGCAAGCACACAUUUCACAGGGCUCUACAUUCUAGGCACCAGAAAUUAAAUAAUCAUUUAUUCUUGCGAAUAAUUAUGAGGUAGGUUAGGAUAUAUGUAUUAAUCUAUAAAAAGAUACUCGUCUGCUAUUGAACUUCUAAGGGGCCUUUUUAGCCACUUAAUUUCAAUACAUCAGAUAAUUUUUUAAAAGUGUACUUCAUAAUUGGUGCCUAUAGAAAAAGUAAUGAUUCCAGACUGGAGGAAAAAAAUGUUGCUUUUAAAAUUGUGGUAAAUUUAAGGAGCACAAUAAGGCACAUUUUUUUAAAAAAACAAAAAACAAAAGAAUUCAAAAGUGCCUAGCCUCAAACUUUAUUUUAAUGUAAAGCCCUGUUCAUUUUGUACUCUUUUCAAAUAACUUUGUAUGCUUAGAAUAUUACUAAGAAGUAAUACAGGACUGCACAGCUGUGUCUGCUGAUAGUGGUACAAUUCUUUCCCCCCUAAAGCCAUGCUAAUAAUAAUCUUGGUGUUGUACUGCCUCAUCUCACAUUUCUUUUUAGAAGAUCAGCAGUUUGCUUCCUCUGUAUUGCCGCUCUGCCUAUAAAGUAGUUAGGAGAUAUAGCAAUGUUACUGUAAGGUAAUAAAAGGGGUGAGGCCUGCUUUCCUAGCAAAGGCAAGUCGACUCGUGUUUGAACCUCUCAAAAGAUUAGGAGGAAAAGCAAACAAAUAAGAAAUGAAAACAAACUGCAAAAUGAGAUUGUAAAGAAAAGUUCUGUCAUCUGGAAAUUAGAUAGUUUAAGUCCUAUGUGCUGAUGUAUAAGCAGUGGUCCAGUUUAAUGUAUCAAUGAAAAUUUGGGAAACCUGAGAGGAAAUUUCAAAUAGAUUGCCUAGGAUCAGAAUGGCAGGGCCUGUAUGCCUCACGUUAUUACUGCAUUUGCAGGAAACACUGUAUUCUCCUGAAUUUGAGCUUUAAUAUUGCUAUUUAGCAGGUUUGGAUUUUUAGAAGCAGAACACCUUUUAACAAUGUUCAACCCUGCUUUUCUCCUCUUUGAUGCACAAUAAUCCAAAAGGCCUUUCUAACCCCUCUCCCGCUCUUUUUUACAAAAUGUCUUGGACAUAACCAGGCAUUUAGAACACUAAGCUAUUUUGCUCCAUUGGAGGCAGCAAUCAUUUUUGCUUCCGUGUUGAUGGGGAGCUGUUAAUCACAGUUCUAAAUGUAUCUUUUUCUCUGGUGGUGCUUAUAACGCGGAAUACUCACAAGGGAAAAGGAAAUGUUUAAGAAAUCAAUUGCAUUGGCAAGUUUUCAAGUUAAUUGAAAUGAAAUACGGAGGUUCAGUCUUGUGAGAUGGCCAGUGUGUCAGUUCAUAUUGCUCAAUAAAGGUUAUAUCCAGCUUGAGAGUUUUCAGCAGGCUUACUGAUAGUUUCCAUUGUUAUCGCUACCAUGAUCAGAAAAGUCUUCAGUCCAGUGAGCCCUUGCACCAUUUUAAGUUUGGGACAUUCACAACAGCUGCGUUUAGAGGGUAGCGCACUGGAGCAGCCCAGCUGCACUUUUACAUGUGUCAGUUCUAUGUGUCCAAUAGGUUUAAAAUUCUGGUAGAAAGAGAAACCUGAGUUAAUCCCCAGCGAUGAUUUGUUCAUGUGUCAACUUGGAUUAUGUUUGGGUGGGUUUGCACCUGUUGGGUUAUCAGCUUCCUAAAACUAACUAUAUCAGUGUCUCAUAUUGCUUUCAUUGAGUCGGGAUACAGCAUGGAAAACUUACUAAGCCAUCACCUACCUCUGCAAGCGGGACCUUUUCUUGAAUGAUUUCACUCUUCUCUGCAUUGGCUGGCAUGAUACACUGACUGACCUGCAUGUUUCUGGAGAGGCUACAGCUUCAUUGAUAACUUCUCUUGCAUUCUCACUGCUGUUUACUUCUGCUUGAGCAGCAUAGCUUGAUUUCAGGACUUGUAAGGAACUUUUCUUCCUGCACAGCUUUUGCUAACAGAGCAUUGUUUCAGAUGCUUAAAAAGCACACAUGAACUACAUUGGCUUCUUUACCUUAGAAGACUAACAGAUGCCCCUCAGCUGACUAAUGUGUUAUGGACCUCUUGCAGCACACCUUUGUGUGUGUUUUAAGUUUUCCUUUCUUGAAUUGAAGAAUGACCUUUUUUUUCUUCAUUUCUAAUGUUUUUGUUUUUCACUUUCCACUUUUCAGCUGUAGAGUAGUUCCUGGAGAAGGCCAUUGCAACAAGGCAACUUCGUAUCUUAGCCUGUGUCGUUAUGGUUAGAAGUGGUGGUAGCCCGUUGCACAAAGAAUGGAAACCACUGAUAAUGAACCUCUUUUUUUUCUUCUUAAUUUUCAAUAUGCAAACUGCAUUGUUUUUGUUUUUUCUCCUUUUCGGCAUAUUAUGUCUGGAUACAAAGAAAUAAAGCUUUAUCCUUUAAGUGCUGCUGCAGGAAGAAAACUUACAAAUGCUGAAGAAGCCUACUUCAUAAUGUAAUAAUUGCCAUGGUAGUUUAUUAUGGCUUACUUAGGAAUGUUCAGAUGGGUAUUUUUUUCCCCCCUUAUUUCAUUAUAGAGCAUUCAUUUUUUUAAAAAACAAACAACGGUCUGAUUGUUUAAACCUGUGCACUUUUAAUAUUUUGAUAUUUACUUUAACGUCUUUUUAUUCUGUUUGUAGAAGAGUUUAUAUUAAAGAAAAAAUCCAGUGACUUAUGCUAAUAGUCUCUCUCCAUUUUGGGCUUGUGCUUGAUGUUUUCCCAUUCACCUGUGGCAGAGUUUAUACUAUAUUGUUUUGCUCUACGCUGUGUUUAGAAAAGAGCUUCAACACAAACCAGGAGUUCUGCUAAACUAUAUAUGUGCUGUGCAUCAGCAGCUUUUUCCCCCUUUCUUUUUUAAUUAUAAAAUGUUAAGCUUUAUCUGUUUUAAUUUACUGAUUUUUGACUGCCAUGUUAAUUGAAAAAUCCAGGGUAUUCAAAUUCUGGGGUUUUUUUCAUAUUGUAUUAUUAUUCUUAGGAAUAGUUCAAUGUAACAAGAAGAAAACUUGACUUGCUCUGGUUAAAACAGUUAUAGGCACUUGAAAAUAAAUAUUAGUGUUACCUAUAAAUUCCAGAAUGUCUGGGUUUUAGGAAAUUUUUAUGGCGUAUGAUUGGUUAACAGAAUUUUAUACAACUAUACCACUUAAAUUCCAAAUUGGAAUUGUUUUUGUUACUACUUUGUUUUAUUGUGCCAAAUUGUGGUACAUUUUAGAAAGACAAAUUCUAAAGUUGUCAGUGCUAGGGUGUUCUAUUUCAGCGCCUUUUUGUCAUUUAAUUGUUGCCAGUAGUGCCUUUCAUAAUUUUAAAGGGAGAAGCCUAGGCUAGCUUAGUCUGUCCAAGAAGAAAGGAACCAUGGUUUUGAAACCUAGUAGUGAUGUGGAGCAAUAAGUGAAAAGUGAACUCCCCUAUCGCACAUUUUUUAAUGGGUAAACCCUGCUAUAGAGAUGAUAUAUGCGCAAAUUGUAAAAAAUUCUGUUAGUCAAUGAUACUCCAUCAUGCAAAUUCAGGGGCAUAGAAGAAAAACAAAUGAACAAAUGUUAAAACAAAACCCGAAUACACUUUGUGAACCAAAAUGGACUUUAUGGAACAAAAUAAUAAGCAAGAUGUAUUAACACAUUUGUGGUUGCAGUACAGAGGAUGUUUUGGGAAUAUUGGUGUUCUGGUAGCUUUGUAUGGUGGUGGAUCCAGUUAACCAUAGUAUUGUUUGCAAAUGUGAAAAAGAAAACCAAGACAUUUAAUAUUUUUAUCUUGCAUGUUUUAUCUAAUCCAUUGUGAUUUCAGGAAACAGAAACUGAGAUGUGCAUCAACAAGAUGCACCUGCUUGGUGCUAUUUGUUGAGGCUAACUUUGAAUUAUUAAAUUUGGUACUUCUGGGGGAGGAGAAACCACCUUCCUCUUUAUUAAAAAAAAAAAAGGAGAGAGAGAGAGUGGAAAUUGUAAUAAUAAUGUCAUGGGGAAAGGCUUUCUGUUUGCUGGAAGAAACUUUUAUUAUUCCUAGAAGGUGGGGACUUAUAUUUUCAUCUUUUUGGUUCAGUAUUGAUUCAUAAGUGAUUACAUUUAAAAUUACAUCUCUAUGUGGGUAUUUAUUUGAAAUGUCAAAGUACUGUAUUAUGUUUUUAUGUGCAUUACCUUUUAGUGGUGGAUUGGUCUCCCAUUUUAUUGUCAUAUGCAUGUACUCUUGCCAAGUAACCUUUACACAGACCUGGAAAAAAGAAGUUAAUGUAAUUGCGUAAAAGGAAUAAGUGGAAAUUGAUUAAGGUACAACUAUUCUGUUAAAUUAAUAAUUUUAGGAGGUGUAGAGGACAAAAAUGUUAAUUCUAAAUCAAUCCAAAAAGAGCGCAUGUUGUGUAGGAAAGCAAUCUACCUGCGUAAAGGUAGUCACAUUGGCAGUAUCAAUAAAGGAGAAAGAAGA